CACUCUCCUUAAAGAAUUUUUUAUGAAAUUUUUCUCUUCUCAAGUCUCAAUAUUCAACCUUUAUCAAUUCUCAUUCCGCUCAAUAAACAAGAUACUUUUUAUAAUCUUACCCCGAAUUGCCAAUUCCUAACCUCAAUUCCUCUUGCCAUACACACCUCUAUUGCAUUUAACUUGAUUAGUAACCGCUCAAAAGAGAAAUACGUAAACCUGAAAAAUAACCCUAGACUGGUAUUCAAAAAGCCCUAAAGAAUUUCCCUGCUUAAGGCACUUGCGUUCUGCUACCAGAGUGUUCUACACAAAAAUCAAAUUCCCAAUUCUUAUUCUCUCUCAUAAUCAAUUGAUUACUUACAUACAAGCACAAAUCGAAAAUGUCUCUUAGAGUGUUGAACCCUAAUGCAGAAGUUCUUAACAAAUCUGAAGCGCUUCGUAUGAAUGUUAAUGCUGCCAAGGGUUUGCAAGAUGUUCUCAAAACCAAUCUUGGCCCUAAAGGCACUAUCAAAAUGCUUGUUGGAGGUGCUGGUGAUAUCAAGCUCACGAAAGAUGGAAACACUCUUUUGAGAGAAAUGCAAAUCCAAAAUCCAACCGCGAUAAUGAUAGCAAGGACAGCUGUUGCUCAGGAUGAUAUUAGUGGGGAUGGGACAACUUCAACAGUGAUCUUCAUUGGGGAGCUCAUGAAGCAAUCAGACCGUUACAUCGAUGAAGGGAUGCAUCCACGUGUUUUGGUUGAUGGCUUUGAGAUUGCAAAAAGAGCUACUCUUCAAUUUUUGGAGAAGUUCAAAACUCCUGUUGUAAUGGGUGAUGAACCUGACAAAGAAAUUCUAAAAAUGGUUGCAAGAACGACUCUAAGAACCAAGCUGUAUGAGUCUUUAGCAGAUCAAUUGACAGAGAUAGUCGUAAAUGGGGUGCUUUGCAUUCGCAAGCCAGAAGAACCGAUCGAUCUCUUUAUGGUUGAGAUUAUGCACAUGCGCCAUAAAUUUGAUGUUGACACAAGAUUGGUUGAGGGUCUUGUCCUUGAUCAUGGCUCAAGGCAUCCUGAUAUGAAGCGAAGAGCAGAGAAUUGUUACAUUUUGACUUGUAACGUGUCACUGGAAUAUGAGAAGAGUGAAAUAAAUGCAGGCUUCUUCUACUCCAACGCAGAGCAGAGAGAGGCUAUGGUAGCUGCUGAGAGGCGUUCCGUUGAUGAGAGAGUGAAAAAAAUUAUUGAAUUGAAGAAUAAGGUUUGUGCUGGUACUGACAACAACUUUGUGGUCAUUAACCAAAAAGGAAUUGAUCCUCCUUCACUGGAUCUACUUGCGAGGGAAGGAAUAAUUGCCCUUCGCAGAGCAAAGAGAAGAAACAUGGAAAGGUUGGUCUUGGCUUGUGGAGGCGAGGCUGUCAAUUCAGUUGAUGAUUUGACACCUGAUGUGCUUGGCUGGGCUGGAUUGGUAUAUGAGCAUGUCCUUGGAGAAGAGAAGUACACAUUUGUGGAAAAUGUCAGGAACCCUCAUUCCUGUACAAUUCUUAUUAAAGGUCCCAAUGAUCAUACUAUUGCUCAGAUAAAGGAUGCUGUCCGUGAUGGCCUCAGAGCCGUAAAAAACACUAUUGAAGAUGAAGCAGUCAUUUUGGGAGCUGGAGCUUUUGAGGUUGCAGCAAGGCAACACCUAGUUAAUGAAGUAAUGAAGACUGUACAAGGGCGUGCCCAACUUGGUGUGGAAGCAUUUGCUGAUGCUCUUCUGGUGAUCCCCAAGACCCUUGCGGAAAACGCUGGCCUCGACACCCAAGAUGUGAUCAUUUCUCUCAAGGGUGAGCAUGAUCGAGGAAACAUUGUGGGAUUAAAUCAGCACACUGGAGAACCCAUUGAUCCUCAAAUGGAGGGUAUUUUCGAUAACUACUCUGUAAAGAGGCAAAUUAUAAACUCAGGGCCUGUUAUCGCAUCGCAAUUGUUGCUCGUUGAUGAAGUAAUUCGUGCAGGGCGUAACAUGAGGAAACCCAAUUAGUUUUGCUUCAACUUUUUAUCAAGACAUUUUUAUAAUUCACUUUUGGGUUUUAAAUUAGAUCAUUUGCAGGUUUCGUUUGUACUUGGCAUUUGUAUGAUGGCCGCAGUAAUUUUGUAGGGCUUGUUAAUGUAAGACGUUUUCGGAAAUGAACUAAUGUGACAGCUUGCUUUUUUGUGUCAAA